GAGGAAGAGACGCCUCGUGGGCUAAUUGGAGAUUGGUAUCUUCGACCCCCCUUGCCGACAUGCGAAUUACAGGUGGUGCUUGUGUGGGGUCGCAGUGAGCUGGCACUUGAACCUGGACCCUUGGAAAAUGCUCCGCGCCCAGCGACGUCAAGCGUAAAGUACACAGCAGCAAUACAAGUAACAACCGGUCCUCUGCUGCUCGUCUGAUCUUCCCAAAACCCGUCUCCUUCACAACCAGCAGCUCUCUCCUUUCUCCAUCCGAUACGAGCGAAAGAAGGAAAAGAAAGGUAGAAAACAAAAAGAAAAGAAGAAGGAAACCCCCCUCCCUUUCCACACGAGCCAGCAAAAACAAGAAUGGACUUCAAUUUCGACCUCGCCGAGCCGCUGGAGACGAGAACGACCAGCCACCAGCGCAACUUCUCCCGCUCCCUCCUGUCCAACAUCAAGUUCGAGCCGCGCACCGCCGAGCAGCGCGAGGCCGAUGCGAAGCGCAACGCGCCCAAGUACGCACGCGAGAAGGCCGUCAACAGCAUGCUCACGGCACGCUUCCUCAAGGCCAAGAAGACCUUUGACGCCUUCUACGGGUACAACAUCGACGAGGCGUGGGAUGGAGAUGCCGGGGCGUGGCGGGAAGAGGCGGACCCGUGGCUGAGGAUACCCGCCGGCGCCACGGACAACAACAACAACGGCGACGACGACGACACGGUGACAGAGUUCCUGCGGGGGUACACGAGGCAACGGGUCGAGGCGCACAAGGAGGAGGUCGAGAAGGAGCUGGUGAGCGCGGACGAGCUGGAGGCGCUUGCGGGAGCCGUGCUGAGGGUGGCGCGGGUCGACCUCGAGGCCGCCGGGCGGGACAACAAGAGCCUGGACGCGGACUUCAAGAAGCGCGUGCUGGGUGUCGUUGCGGAGCUGAAGACGGAGUAUAACCUGCCGCAGAGCGCACCGGAGGAUCAAGACGAGGAGGAAGUGGAGGAGGAAACCAAUGGUGUCGGCGGGGCCUGAGAGAUUUUAUAGAGAGACUUCUUCAUGCUGUCUCAGGGUAUGGUUGUGGUGAUAACGGCCGGAACCUGGUGUCCCAGUAGCAUGGACCGCACCUGGGCUUGAAGACUGCUAUUGCGAAUGCCCAGACUCGACACUAUCUCGGAUUUUGUCUGCUUGGAAUCAGGCAAAGUGUCUGUUUUUCCCAAAUGCGAAUAUACCCCACAAUAGUCGUCAUCAGAUUUUCAAUGUCAGCCGACAUGGCUAAGACAGCAGACUCAAGUCAUUACCUAACUUCUUUAAUUACAUCGAUUGCUAGAGACAUAUCAAUGAUGAAGAGGUCUGUGGUUGACCAAAGGGACCGGAAUACAAAAUUGACACCACGAG